AUUCAAAACCAACUCUCAAAAACUGAGAGCAGAGGAAGAGGAGCAACACCUGAAAAUGUCCAUAUCCAUGGCGCUAUUCUCUCCUCCGUUCUCUUCUUCUUCACUCCAAAACCCUAAUCUCACCCCCAAGAUCUCACUCUCACUCUCUCUCCUCUCCACAAAGCGCUUCUCCCUCCUCUCCGUCACCCGAGCUUCCUCCUCCGACAACGGUGCGUCGACGCCCGAUUCCGCUGCAGUCUCUGCGACAACAGUCGAGAUUCCGAAGCCUGUAGAGGAAGCACCGGUUAAAUCUCCGCCGGCGGAAAGCUCCUCCGCGGCGUCGGAAGACGGAGGAGAAGAGACUGAUCUACCAACCACAACGACGGAGAUCAAGUUUCAGGAUGCGAAGUGGGUUAAUGGGACUUGGGAUCUCAAACAGUUCGAGAAAGACGGGAAAACAGAUUGGGAUUCUGUUAUCGUCGCUGAGGCAAAGAGGAGGAAGUGGCUUGAAGAUAACCCAGAAACAACUACUAACGCCGAGCCUGUUCUCUUCGAUACCUCCAUCAUUCCAUGGUGGGCAUGGAUGAAGCGAUACCAUCUACCAGAAGCUGAACUCCUCAAUGGCCGUGCUGCGAUGAUAGGGUUCUUCAUGGCUUACUUUGUUGAUAGUCUUACCGGAGUAGGACUUGUUGAUCAAAUGGGAAACUUCUUCUGCAAAACGCUCUUGUUUGUGGCUGUAGCUGGAGUUCUUUUCAUUCGCAAGAACGAAGAUUUUGAUAAGCUCAAGGGUCUGUUCGAAGAGACGACGUUGUAUGACAAGCAGUGGCAAGCGGCUUGGAAAGAACCGGAAUCGUCAUCAUCAUCGACGGUUUCUUCGAAGAAGUGAACAGAAACUUUCUCGCUUUUUGUUUCCUCUUUGUUAUGUGAUGUUUGUGAUCAGUGAUAAUUUCUUUAUUGUAUUACUGAUCUUGAGAUAGUGACAUCUAUUUGGCUUUGAAAAAAUCUCUUUAAAAGUA